GGCGGCUCUGGCGGCUCCUGACUGGGAGUGUUCAAUAAAGACAUGAAAACGUAUAAUUGUUUGUGUGUUAUUAGUUUAAGCAGACUAUGUUUGUCUAUUGUUGGGACCUUGAUGAAGAUUAGAUCAAAUUUUAUGACCAAUUUAUGCAGAAAUCCAGAUAUUUCCAAAGCGUUCACAUACAUUUUCUUGCCACUGUACAUAUCUCCCUGGCAUAUUACAUAAUUUAUGCAGCAGCGGGGGGUGGGGUACAAGGUUGAAUCAUGACAUCAGUGAUAUUCAGGUCGGCGCUCUAGAAGGCCAGAGUUCCCAAAUUGGUAUUCCAAGUUGGAUGACCACUUAAAACGUAUUUUCCCAGUCAGAGCUAUUUUUUUCCCCCCCAGAGUUCCCAGUUGUCUUAAACUCACUGAAGUCUGAGAAUUCCCAGUUCUGAGUUUCCAGUUGUUUUGAACGCGGCCAAUAUAUUAAAACUUUUCUGGCCCAUGGCAUGUUAAUGUUUAUCCUUUUAAGCUUGGAAAAGAGACCCUUAAACCCAGACUUGGACCACACACCCACUGCACUGAAUUGCAGGCUAGUGAUUGCUUUGUAACGCUUGCAGUUAGCCACUGAUUCCCUCCAAACCACUCAUUGUUGAAAUUGCGAUUUCCAACUUGUUGUGUAACGUUUAUGUCCAAUGGCCGAUGAACACCAAUACGUUUUAUCUAUCAUUUCUGUUGACAUCACAAGGAUUGAAAGGUUUUGCCAGUAGAUUGUCGACGUUAUUCAUGAUGAUGACUGCUUGUCUAGCUUUCUCAUUAAGAUUUUGAAAGUAUGAUGUUGACAUGAUCAGUCCAAUCAAAGCUACAGUAGAUAAUUUAAUCUGUGGCCAAUGACCCUGAGCCUUUUUGGAUGGGUCCUUCUAAUGUAACUCUGUGGCAGCAGCCAAGGGGCUCGAAUGUUUUUGCUCUCCCCGUAGAUUUUGCGGUGAUGUAGUGUCCCCAUGACUGACAGAACAAUGAACCAAUCAUGGCGCAACUAGAGAACAUUACCAACCCCUAUGCUCCGUAUUUUCUGCUAGCUGUCCCACCACUGCAGAAAGCAUUGAGCUAGACUGAAACACCUGCAUUUUGAACAAGGCUUACUCAAGAAAGCAAAAAAGAGACCAUGUUUGUAUGCGGCUUUAUCAACUCAAUGAUUUUCUUUUUUGAUCUUGUUUGCAAACUGAUACGUGACAUGUAUUAAUGCCAAAAUAACAUGCAAAACAGGCAACAACAAAAAAAACAUUUUGAGCUCAAAACAGGUGGGUAUUUUCUCCACCUGCCGUGAAUGACGAGUCGCCACUGAGUAGGUGUAGUAGUUAGAUAGGGCAGGCUGUGGGAUGACAUGAAAAUAUUCUCCAGUUUUAGUCUCUAGAGAGGAAAACUACAGAGACAGAGAGAUAAUAGGGCUGUCUAAUUGUAAUAAAUUGAAGGCUGUUUUUUUUAAGUUCGUACAUUUAAAAGAGGGUCCGUGACAUAAAGGAGGAUUGCAGAGAUAUUGGUGUUGAAGGUGGGUAAAGAUAUAUUUGCAAAGCCACAAUUUCCUUUACCCAAAGUACCCAUUCAUUUGCAUGUAGGCCUAUGUAUUUUACAGGAAGUGAGCUAUAACCAUCAGUCAUGACACAAGUGAAAGUGAAAGAGCAAUUAGCUAAAAUAGAUGAGAAUCAUAAUGUUAAGAUACCAUAAUCCAAUUGAUAGCAUAUUACAUGGUAAAUUCAUGCUUUCUGUAUCAUUUACAAUGUUAUACUGUGUGUUACUGGUGAUUUCUGUCCUUUGGUGGGCACGUUUCACAAUUUAAUUUACUCAACACAUUCACAAAUGGUGGCUUUGAUCACAGUUUUGAGGUUAAGGUUGCUUGGUGUUCAUAGGUAGCUAGCAGCAGAAGCAAACAUUGAGCAAAUCCCUCUUCACCCAGCAUCAACACCAACAAUCUCUGCAAUCCUCCUCCAUGCCAUUGAUUUUGUCUCUGUAUUCUAAACUCAGCCAAAAAAAGAAACGUCCCUUUUCAGGACCCUGUCUUUCAAAGAUAAUUCCUAAAAAUACAAAUAACUCCACAGAACUUUAUUGUAAAGGGUUUAAACACGGUUUACCAUACUUAUUCAAUGAACCAUAAGCAAGAAAUUAACAUUUCUGGCCUUUCUACUGACUCUGAAAAACACCAAAAGAAAGAUGCCCAGGGUUCCUGCUCAUCUGCGUGAAUGUGCCUUAGGCAUGCUGCAAGGAGGCAUGAGGACUGCAGAUGUGGCCAGGGCAAUAGAUUGCAAUGUCCGUAAUGUGAGACGCUGGACCAGACAGGACUGGCAAAAAGUGCUCUCACUGACGAGUCGCGGUUUUGUCUCACCAGGGGUGAUGGUCGGAUUUGCGUUUAUCAUCAAAGGAAUGAGCGUUACACCGAGGCCUGUACUCUGGAGAAGGAUUGAUUUGGAGGUGGAGGGUCCGUCAUGGUCUGGGGCGGUGUGUCACAGCAUCAUCGGACUGAGCUUGUUGUCAUUGCAGGCAAUCUCAACGCUGUGCAUUACAGGGAAGACAUCCUCCUCCCUCACGUGGUACCCUUCCCCUGCAGGCUCAUCCUGACAUGACCCUCCAGCAUGACAAUGCCACCAGCCAUACUGCUCGUUCUGUGUUUGAUUUCCUGCAAGACAGGAAUGUCAGUGUUCUGCCAUGGCCAGCGACGAGCCCGGAUCUCAAUCCCAUUGAGCACGUCUGGGACCUGUUGGAUCGGAGGGUGAGGCCUAGGGCCAUUCCCACCAGAAAUGUCCGGGAACUUGCAGGUGCCUUGGUGGAAGAGUGGGGUAACAUCUCACAGCAAGAACUGGCAAAUCUGGUGCAGUCCAUGAGGAGGAGAUGCACUGCAAUACUUAAUGCAGCUGGUGGCCACACCGGAUGCUCACUGUUACUUUUGAUUUUGACCUCCCCCUUUGUUCAGGCACACAUUAUUCAAUUUCUGUUAGUUACAUGUCUGUGGAACUUGUUCAGUUUUGUCUCAGUUGUUGAAUCUUGUUCAUACAAAUAUUUACACGUUAAGUUUGCUGAAAAUAAACGCAGUUAACAGUGAGAGGACAUUUCUUUAUUUGCUGAGUAUAGCAAAGCAAAAUCUUAUAGAAUUGGAAAACCAGACAUUGCUUUCCUCCAUCUUUUUUUGGUGUGCUUGCUCAGAACUAAUGACAGGCUGAUCUGUGUUUCAUGAGCAAUCUUCUGCUACUCACCUGCUUGCUUAACCGCAGUGGUGGCAACAUGAAAUUUGCAUAAAGUAGAGCAGAGCACCGCUCCUGCGCAUUGCUCUGCGUGCUCCUGUUGAAAAUGAAUGGUGGGGGUGGAACUUUCUCUGGCGAAUUCGGAAGUGGUGGAACGCCUACUUGACUCUGACAUGCCAAGGGUUAAUCCAAGAUGGCCAGGUUUACGGGUUUAUGCUUUUUAUGUUUUAAAAUGAGGGUGUCAAGUAUCGCAUGGUCAUCAUGUAAAAGAACCAAGGUGAGGAGGCAUACAGUAUGUAGAACCUUCACCAGUGGAUGCACCACUCAACAACAACAGCUAUCAAGCGCGAGGGGUAGUAUUUGUAGGUAUUCAACUGAAUCUUCAAUCAAUGGUUGUAUGGCCCUAUUGUACAGAAACCACGGGGAGCCUUCUCAAGUUGUUCAGUUGGAGAGCAUGGAGCUUCCCUCUGUUGGUGCUAAGAGUGUCCUUGUAAACUUGUUGGCAGCCCCAGUCAAUCCUUCUCACAUAAACAUGAUCCAAGGUACCUAUGCCAUCCUACCUGACCUUCCAGCAGUAGGAGGAAACGAGGGAGUGGCCCAGGUGAUCCCAAGAGAUGCUGCAUUAGGGACGUGGAGGACAGCAGCGGUUAUAGCUGAAGACGAUGUGAUCUCGCUGCCCAAUGACAUCCCCCUGUUCUCUGCAGCCACACUGGGGGUUAACCCCUGCACUGCCAUUAGGAUGCUCUCUGACUUUGAGGAGCUGAAACCAGGUGACACAGUGAUCCAGAAUGCAGCCAACAGUGGUGUGGAUCAGGCUGUCAUACAGAUUGCUUCUGCAGGGGAGAUCCAAACCAUCAACGUGCUCAGAGACAGGCCAGACCUCACACAGCUUAUUGACAGGCUGAAGGCCAUGGGCGCCAGUCACGUGAUCAAAGAGGAGACCCUGAGGCGGCAUGAAAUGAAGGAACUUUUCAAGACCUGUCCAAGGCCUAAGCUGGCACUGAACGGAGUUGGGGGCAAGAGUACAACGGAACUCCUCCAUCACUUACAAUGAGGGGGCCUUACGGGGAAUGCUGGAUGAGCUCUGCUCCCUGAUCCGCCAGGGAAAACUGACCGCACCUGCCUGUUCCGAGGUAGGCCUCCAAGACUUCCGGAAAGCACUGGACACUGCCAUGCAGCCGUUCACCUCAGCCAAACAGGUCCUGGUCGUGUGACCUCUCUUUUGACCAAACCCAGCUGUUCUCAGGGUCAUGUUCAUUUGGCACCAAACGGAAGAAAACGGACUGAAACAGGAAGGGACUACCUGGACUUGUCUAAUAAGAAACAGUCUUUUGCACUGGGUGCCCAAUUGAAUGCGACCCUGCAUACAAAACGAAGUCCCGGCACGUUCAACGGUUGCAGCCCCAAGGCUGCCGCUUCAUCAUUGUCGGAAAAACAUUGCUCAAGCACACGUAUUUUCCGUAGAGGCUCAAAGUCCACUAUAUAUGUUAUUAGCACCACUUUAAGUCAUCUUUCCUGACAACAGUUCAUGGAAUUUUUUUCAGAAUGGUCAUGGAUUCCUUGACAACUUUAUGUAUUGUGUGUGCAUGUUUAUUUCUCCUGCAUGGUAACAUUGUUAUAUCCUGGUCCCAGAUCGGUUUGUGCUGUCUUGGCAACUCCUAUGGUUAUUACUCUGCAAGACGGCACAAACAGAUCUGGGACCAGGCUAACGUGGUUAUGCAACAGAUGGUGUUCUGGUAAAACACUAAUAAACAUUUGGGAAAGAUUAAGCUAUUUUAUAGAGUUCCCAUUACUUGUUGUAUGGACACAAGCAAAUACGAUCAUGACGCGUAUUAGACAGGUUUAUUACUUUAAAAACAAUACUGCAGGGUCCAACUAGAGCUGUUACACUGACCAUGUUACCGCCACCGGCAGUCACGAGUCAUGACUGCAGUCAAGUUCCACGUGAACAAAUUCCAGACGAUUCCGCAGGUGAAGAAGACGGAAGUGGAGGUCCUGGACUGACGUGGUUAUUAGUGGUCUGCGGUUGUGAGGCCGGUUGGACCUACUGCCAAAUUCUCUUAAAUGACAUUGGAGGUAGCUUAUUGUAGAGAAAUUAACAUGACUUUUUCAGGCAAUAGCUCCAGUGGACAUUCCUGCAGUCAGCAUGCCAAUUGCACACUCCCUCAACACUUGAGACAUCUUUGGCAUUGUGUUGUGUGACAACUGCACAUUUUAGAGUGGCCUUAUAUUGUCCCCAGCACAAGGUGCACCUGUGUAAUGAUCAUGCUGUUUAAUCAGCUUCUUGAUAUGCCACAUCUGUCAUGUGGAUGGAUUAUCUUGGCAAAGGAGAAAUGCUCACUAACAGGAAAGUAAACAAAUGUGUGCACAACAUUUGCGAGAAAUAAGCUUUUUUGUGCAUAUGGAACAUUUCUGGAAUCUUUCAUUUCAGCAAAUUAAACGUGGGACUAACACUUCGCACAUUGCGUUUUAUAUUUUUGUUCAGUGUAACUCAAAACUAAUUUAACACAUUAUUUAGUAUAUGCAAAGACAACAUUAAAUGAAGAAUAGUCUGAUGGGUGACAAUAUUAGCUUAUCACUUGUGAAUAAAUAUAUUAUCACUUGUGAAUGAUGUAUUAUCAAUUUUCAAUAAUGCCCAGAAUGUGCAGUAAGGCAAGAAACAGCACAUGCCUUUUUUUUUGCGACUUUUUUUCAAAUAAGUCGCACGCCUGUAGCCUAGCCCAUAGGCCUGUGUGUUUUCACAAGGUUUGUAUCACAACUAAAGUGGCCAAAUAACUUAUUAAUAUUAAGCACAUUCAUUUGCUUUACAACCGGUGUAGAGCCAAACUGGCAUACAUACGUAGAUGGUGUGUGAGUUUCAAGUUUGGGAUGAUCAUUUUCACCAUUAAAAAUGUACCUAUAUAAUAAAGCAUUACACACAA